GUUUUUAAAAUAAUAAAUAAUUCAAUAUAUUGGCUAAAAUAUGGCUCAACAGAAGAAAGGUGUCUUUCAAAUGGGUUGUCAUACACUAAGUAUUGAUUCAUCUCUCCAUCGUCUCAAUCGUCAGCGACUCGUCGACCGAUUGAAAAAAAACUUGGGAUCAAAUGUAUUGAUUGUAUUACAGGGAGGAGAGACUAAAAAUAUGUAUUGUACUGAUAUAGAGCCCCUCUUUCGUCAGGAGUCAUACUUUCACUGGACAUUUGGUGUCCGCGAACCUGACUUUUACAGUGCUAUUGAUGUCAAUACUGGUCGCUCUUAUUUGUUUACACCUAAUCUUCCCGAAUCGUAUGCCAUUUGA